AUGAAAAAUAAUUUAAAUUAUAUUUUUUAUUUACUGAAUUUUACUCCGAAUAAUUAAAUAAAAAUUAGAUAUUUAGUGUAUGAUAGCUUAUAAUGUAAUAAAUUAAAAUAAUUGAUUAAAUGGAAGAUAGUGUCAAAUAGAUAAAAAUCAUAUUUGAAGAACUCAAGCAGUCUUAUUAUUAGGAAAAGCUUUUAAAUGAAGAACUUAACUCUGAGGUUACUAUGCUAAGAUAGGUUAAAAGUAUGUAUGUAAACUAAAUAGAGAAGCUAAAUUAAGAAAUAUAAUAGCUUAUUUCAAAUGAUUUAUAGAAACUCAAUUUAAAUAAGGAUUACGAAGAAAUGCUUGUCAAAAACAAUGCUAUUUAAAUAGAAAUGGAAAAUAUCUAAUAAAAUAAUUAAGAAAAAGAACUUCUUUAUAAAAGACAAGUAUACAUGCUAGAGAGAGAAAAUUAAGAUUUUAGGGUAUAAAUUGAAAAAUUGUAGAAGCAACUAUCUGAUACAGAGAAUGAAAUUUCUGAGAUGUUUAAAAAAAUAACUUAAACGGGGUAUGGUGAGCUAUUGGCAUGUAAUUAAACGUUAAUAAAUAGGGUUAAUUUACUAGAAGAAAAACUAUCUGAAUAAAAGACAUAUAUAGAUAAAUUAAAAUAGCAAACCAGCGAUGAAUUAUCCAGAUAAGCAUUUAACUAUGAAAUUUUAGUUUAACAAUAUCAAACUCUCUAAAGGGAAAAUUAAAAUUUAAUUAGGUCUCAAUCCAACUCAAAAAGCUAUUACCAAUUUUCAGCUUAGAAAAUAAAUUAAGAAAAUUCCAAUUUGA